CUUAAAUAUGUCAGAAUUCUCUACAAACAAAUAAGAUAGUGAUAUUGCUUCAGCCACCUGAUUGCGCAUCUGACUUCGCUACUUUACCGAUAUCGACCACAAAGAAACAACCUACGAGCUUCAAGAUCCGAUCUUAGCCAUGUCCAAAGACCCGAGCCAUCCCAACAUUGUACUCAUCCUAGCAGAUAACUUAGGAUGGGGCGAGCUCGGCUGUUAUGGAGGAGGUGCACUUCGCGGUGCACCAACACCUCGAAUAGAUGAUUUUUCCACUGAGGGACUACUCCUCCACAACUUCAAUGUGGAGAGUGACUGCGUCCCUACGCGUUCAGCUUUGAUGACUGGGCGCCAUCCAAUCCGAACAGGGUGCCGUCAAUCGGUGCCAGCUGGCUUCCCGCAAGGUCUCACAGCAUGGGAAAAGACAUUGCCUGAGUGCCUAAAACAACGUGGCUAUGCAACAGCUCACCAUGGCAAGUGGCACCUUGGAGACAUACCGGGAAGGUAUCCAUCAGAUCGAGGCUUUGACGAGUGGUUUGGAAUCCCAAGAACAACGGAUGAAAGCCAAUUCACAUCCGCGGUUGGAUUCGAUGCGGAGGUGGCCGAAUUGCCCUACAUCAUGAAAGGCAUUGCAGGCCAGGACUCCGAGAAUGUUUGCGUCUACGACCUAGACAAGCGACGGCUCAUUGAUGAGAUGCUCGUAGAUAAGAGCAAAGACUGGUUAUCUAGACAGGCGGCGGCUGAGGUGCCAUUCUUCCUUUACCAUCCACUAGUGCACCUCCACUUCCCCACACUACCGCACCCAGACUUCGAACGGACGACGGGUAACGGCGAGUUUGCGGACUCGAUGGCGGAGAUGGACUACCGUGUCGGUCAACUCCUUGAUCAUAUUGAUGAUAUUGGGGUGCGGGAGAACACAGUAGUGAUAUUUGCGUCGGAUAAUGGUCCAGAGUUCCGUCCGCCUUAUCGAGGAACUGCGGGUCCUUGGUCGGGAACUUAUCAUACAGCAAUGGAAGGUAGUCUCCGAGUGCCUUUCAUAAUUAGGUGGCCGGGGAAGGUACCAAAGAACGUAACUUCCAACGAGACCGUUCAUGUUACGGAUAUCUUCACCACCAUUCUAGCCAUGACUGGUGCUGAAAAGCCUCUAGACCGACCAAUUGACGGAAUUGAUCAGACCAAGUUCCUCCAGAAUCCCGCAUCGGAAAGGAGCGAGCGAGAUGGUUUCCUUUUCUACAUCAAGGAUGAGUUACGAGCGGUAAAAUGGAAGCAUUGGAAGCUACAUUUGGUGUGGGAGCCGAAGGUGAAUCAGUCCUCGGGAAAGUUGGAAUCGCCUUAUCUUUUUAACAUCAUGCGCGAUCCGAAAGAGGAGACUGAUAUUCUGGCCUAUAAUACCUGGGUAUUGCAGCCAAUGAUGAGAUUGCGGGCAAACUUUGAGAAAAGUCUCAAAAAUGACCCAGCUCCACCAGAUCCUCUCAAGAAUAUGUAGAUAGUCCGAGUCAAUGGGAAGUUGGGAACAGGAAACUUUGGAGUAAC